AUGGCUAGGAUUAAUGCACAACUGUUGCAGUUAGAACAAAUAGCUAGGAUUAAUGCACAACUGUUGCAGUUAGAACCAAUAGCAAGGAUUAAUGCACAACUUUUGCAGUUAGAACAAAUAGAUAGGAUUAAUGCGCAACUGUUGCCGUUAGAACCAAUAACUAGGAUAAAUGCACAACUGUUGCAGUUAGAACAAUUAGCUAGGAUUAAUGCGCAACUUUUGCAGUUACAACAAAUAGCCAGGAAUAAUGCGCAGCUGUUGCAGUUAAGACAAAUGGCUAGAAUUAAUGCGCAACUGUUGCAGUUAGAACCAAUAACUAGGCUUAAUGCGCAACUGUUGCAGUUAGAACACAUAGGUAGGAGUAAUGCGCAACUGUUGCAGUCUAAACCAAUAACUAGGAUUAAUGCGCAACUGUUGCAGUUAGAACCAAUAGCUAGGAUUAAUGCACAACUGUUGCAGUUAGAACCAAUAGCUAGGAUUAAUGCGCAACUGUUGCAGUUAGAACAAAUAGCUAGGAUUAAUGCGCAACUGUUGCAGUUAGAACCAAUAACUAGGAUUAAUGUGCAACUGUUGCAGUUAGAACAAAUAGCUAGGAUUAAUGCGCAAGUGUUGCAUUUAGAACAAAUGGCUCGGAUUAAUGCGCAAAUGUUGCAGUUAGAACAAAUGGCUAGGAUUAAUGCGCAACUGUUGCAGUUAGAAUAA